CCGUGUGCAUAACGGUUAGCCAAUAGGAGAUAUGUGCGAUCGUGUCUUCUGUCAGUUACACACCCACAUUACUUUUUGUCCACCACUUAGCGGGAGUUGUAGCUGUGAAAUCAAGCGUCCAUAUAGCAGAGACAACCGGCGUUGGAAAAUAAGGGCAACCAUGUCUGACAGAAAAGCAGUCAUAAAAAAUGCCGACAUGUCAGAGGAGAUGCAGCAGGAUGCAGUGGAGUGUGCCACGCAGGCUCUGGAGAAGUACAACAUCGAGAAAGACAUUGCCGCAUACAUCAAGAAGGAGUUUGACAAGAAGUACAACCCCACCUGGCAUUGCAUUGUAGGGAGGAACUUUGGCAGCUACGUGACCCAUGAGACCAAGCAUUUCAUCUACUUCUACUUGGGCCAGGUGGCCAUCCUGCUCUUCAAGUCUGGCUGAGGAGCCAGCCGCCCCAGCCCCUUUAACAUCAACUGACCAUUAAAUAUUGACUGACUCGACAGAAAGGCUCUUUCAUUCCUGGUCAACGGGAACUGCCUUUCUGUGCUGCUUUCUACCAUUUUGUUCCUCUUUGUUUAAAGAAAAUACCUGGCCAUGUGAGAGAAAUGAAACACUUGUAUUUAUGUUUUCUAUUGCAGUAGAUUGUCACUAAUUUGAUUUUAAAUUAAAGCGAUAUCGUUUGGCUUUC